AGGUUAUGUUUAAAAUAUCAUACCUGUUGUGUUCGUUAAACAGUCACAUCGAUAGAAUCUGAGAAGACGAUGGCUUGGCGCUCUGGAUCGCUUUCUCGGACGUUAAUGUCCACUGCCCGCUCUUCAUCUUCCCGGUUAACUUCAUCGGCUCUUCAACUCCUGCCGCCGCCGGUCACUGCUCCUCGGCGCCUGCCGGCCCGCUAAUUCUCUGCGGCUUCCAGAAAGUAGAUGAAACAGGAAGUGACCACUUCUGUUCUCUUUUCCUGCAUCAUGACCCCGGAAUAUAUUAUUGACUGGAAUUGUUUGCAUAUGAUAUGACGAAAUUGGCGUCAGAAUCUCAAACGUGGAAAGUUAUUUUACUGUAAAAUUGAGAUUGGGAGAAUUGGGAUGAAUACAAUCCUUUAUGCCAACUUGCAGCAUGACAGCAACUUCCUGCCUGACAUCCACCUCACUGUCAAUGUUCAGGCUUUUUUCUGCCGUCCCUGUCAAGUUCGCUAGUGGUUGCUUUGUACUUAAGUUAAAUGGGAUUAAACAUGGCCAUGUGCGGCAAUAUGCGGGCGCAGGGGACUCGUGAAGAGUUGUUACUUCAGGAACUUGUGCUUUGGAAAUACGAUAAAAGUGUUCGUAAUUAUAUUCUUGAUCAGAGCAGGGAUUAAAGCAUUUGCUAGAUUCUUGUGUCAUCGAGCUGUUGCUUCUCAUUCAUCAUUACUCACUAUUUCAUUAUUGAUUUACAAUUGAAAAUAGAAUUUUAAAAAAAAAAAAUUGUUUUCCGAAGUCAAUCAAACAGCCAUCGAGAAUUGGAUGGAUGUUAAACUUUGAAUUUUCUGAGGUUGCGCUAACACUUGCUAAUUUUCAGAGGUUGACCAGGUUGCAAGGAAACUUUGGUCUCAGUAGCCUUCCUAACUUUUGGAUCCGCCGACACUUUAUUCCCACGGCAUUAUGUUCUCAACCAGACAGCCAUAGCCCUGAAAAGUUAUGGAAGAUAGAGAAGAAGCAGCAGAACUAACAGCUACUACCCAAAAGCCAAGUGAAUCAAGUCCCACAAGAAUCAACAGAAAUGAAUCAACAGCAAAUGAAAAUCCUGCGAGAGGGUGGCUGAAUUUGAGCUUGGGUGGGAAUUUGCAGCCCUCCAAUGGCACAAAUGAUUCUGAUUCCCAGCCAUUGAUGAACAAGCCAAGCAGCAGUUCAGCUGCUGCAACUGCCAAGAUGUUUUCUUGUAACUACUGUAUGAGGAAAUUCUACAGCUCACAAGCAUUGGGAGGCCACCAAAAUGCCCACAAAAGGGAGAGGGGAGCAGCACGAAGAUACCAAUUUCAAAAAAUAAUGGCGAUGAUGGGUCUGCCUCCAUUAAUGAAUAAUGCUGCUAAUUUUAUGGUUCGAUCUUUGGGUGUAAGGCCUCAUUCCCUUCUUCUGCAGAGACCAAACAGAGAACCCCUUGGCCAUGGAGGAUCUUCUGCAACUGUCGCAAGGUUCUACGGCGCCGCCACCUCCGCCGCCACCUCCGCCGCUGCCGCCUGCACGUUGGAGGAUGAUUUCAUGGACAUAACUUGGCCUGGAAGCUUCCGAUUGAACACACAACAGCAAACAGAUCCACCGAUGAGCGAACCGCUGAAGCUUGAUUUGAAUUUAAAGCUUUAGUAAUUGGGCAUUAAUAUCAACAUAGUUUAGUGGUUAAGGCAGGUUGUAAGUUUGAAUUUUGACCUUCCUAUUUGUAAUGUAAAAUGUAAUAUAUAAUUUAUAAGAGGUUUUAUUUUUAUUAUCGUCA